AUGACUGGGACGAAUGAGCUCUUCAGAAUCGAGGAGCAGUGCUCCUUUAACUGUGACAAGCCUAGGUCGACAUCCCCACCUACAUCUAUUGUGCCUAGUAGCUUUCCUCCCAAGGAUAGCUCUCCCAUUUCGUUACACCCAGAGACUAUUAUUAGUGAUCCCACCCCUCAAGUUGGUGGGGGCAGCACCAUCCAGGUCCCGAUGAAAAGCCUCGGUGUCAAUGAUGACCGCCACAAGCGCCCUAUCCAAUAUGCCUUAUUUCAGGGUGGGGCCCGUGAUGAGAAUUGCGACUUACCCACAAAGAGGCACAAGAUCUUACAAACAACAUGGAACUGCACUUCAGGACCUUCAUCUAAGGCUACACAGUAUCUAGAUCGGCGGAUGCUCGAACUUUCUCGUAUCACUCGCAGAGCUAUCGCGGAAAGAAUGUGA